GUAAACCUCAAGAAGAAGAAGAAGAACCCCCUACUGCAGUAGUGAAAAAUGGCUGAGUCGGAAGAGGAGGUGGACGUUUUGGUUCAAAGAGUUAUGAAAGAUAUUAAUAACGCGUUUAAGAGAAACCCCAACAUUGAUGAGAUUGGACUCAUCCCCUGCCCGGAAGCCAGAUACAACAGGAGCCCGAUUGUCCUGGUGGAGAACAAGCUGGGAGUGGAGAGCUGGUGUGUCAAGUUCCUCCUUCCCUACGUCCAUAACAAGCUGCUUCUCUACAGACAGAGGAAACAGUGGCUUGACAGGGAAGCGCUUAUAGAUGUCACCUGCACGUUGCUGCUGCUAAAUCCAGAUUUCACCACUGCUUGGAACGUCAGGAAAGAGUUGUUGGAGUGUGGGGUGCUGUCUCCCGAGAAGGACCUCUAUCUGGGGAAGCUCGCACUGACCAAGUUCCCCAAGAGUCCAGAGACAUGGAUCCACAGACGCUGGGUCCUGCAGCGGCUCCAGCGGGAGCUCUGCCCGGGGCUCGGCGAGCGGAAGGAGCAGGCAGACGGCGAGCACGGCGACGGCGGCGAGGCCACGCGGCAUGGCGAGCGUUUGCGCAGGCUCCUGCAGGAGGAGAUGCGCGUGUGCGCAGACGCAGCAGGACGUUACCCCAGCAACUACAAUGCCUGGUCCCACCGCAUCUGGGUGCUACAGCACCUGGCCAAAGGCAACGUGAAGAUACUGCAUGACGAGCUGUCCUCCAUGAGGCUGUGGGUGUCCAUGCACGUAUCCGACCACAGUGGCUUCCACUACCGCCAGUUCUUGCUCAAGGCCCUUGUCCGGGAGCUCAGCCAGCAGCAGCAGCAGGCCCAGUCUCCAGCCUCGUCCCCCCUGCACCCCUCCUCCCCGCCACCCUCGCAGGGCUCCCCGACCAACUCGCCCUCGCAAGCCAACGGCGAGGCCUCCACCGCGGUCAGGGGCCCCGAGGCCCACGUGGGUGCCCAUACCGUGGUCUCCCAGCUCUUCCACGACGAGAUGGAGCUGUGCACCGACCUGAUUGAGUCUUACCCUGGUCACGAGACGCUGUGGUGUCACAGGCGACACAUCUUCUACCUCUGGCACCAGUGGGCGCAGGAGAAGGACCUCGGCCAGGCCAACGGGGACUCUCCCAGCCUCCUCAACCACGCCCAGGAGCCUCCCGCCGCCCCAUCCCACGCGCCGCCACCCUCCCACCACCCCGAGGAGGCCACAGCGACGGUGCCUGCCAACGGCCAGCAGCCCACGGACAUGGAGGUGGACGGAGAGGUCGAGCCGGAGAUCUACUCGCUCUCGGACGCCGCGGGGCAGCAGGGUGGCGGUAGCGGAAGCGGAAGCUGCUACACGCGGGACACCAAGCGGCUGAAGCGGGGGCCCACUCCGCCCUGUCCGGCGCCCAGCCUGUCGACAGAGGACGCCUUCAUCAGCCGCGUCCUGGCCGACUGCCGGAGCCCCGAGCAGCGGCGCUUCGCCACCGCCUACAGGAAGUGGCUGGACUCCGUUAUAGGUCAGUAGCCUUUUCGCAAAAAAAAAGAACGAAAAAAUGAAAACAAAAAAACGACACGGAGAAGGCCUCCACAGGCCUCCACUGACUUCCUGCUGCGGCACCUCUCAUCUCGUACACGUGAGGGAGGGAAGAUGGAGGGGCCAGGUGGAGGAGAAAGAGAGUGAGGUCUCUGUGGUAGGUCAGAGACAGGUCAUCUUCACUUCAUUUAAUUCACCCUCUGAAAACAAAAACAACAGCUGGACCUUUUUUUUCCUUCAAACUGAGAGUUGUUUGGAGCUGUUUCACAAUGAAAACCCAUUGCCCCCCUCUUUUUAUUUGUUUUUCUCUUACUGUUUUUUUUCUCUUCUCAUUUUAAAUAAUCUUAAAGGUCAGAAGUGGUGUGUGUGCCUCCCUCAGUUUUGGUGCUGUCAAUCUCAGGUCUGUUUCAGCAUAAUACAAUGUUUUCUUUUUUUCCCUUCAUUCUCUUGGUCAUUAUCAUUAUUUUAUUUUUGUUUUGGGUUUGCUUUAUUUUUUGGGGACGGAUUGAGGCAUGUCUACAUUUAUUCUUUUGCGUCUUCCACUUGAUAUGAAAGAAAUAACUGUAGCAGAUUCCUUUCGAUGCUGCCAUCCAUGUUAAUUCCUGACUCAAUUGGAACAGACUUACAUGCUGCAUUCUGCCGCUUUGUGUUUCUGCAUCUGAGUAUAGACAUGAACAAAACAUCCUGACGUUUCGCCACAGUCAGGAUCUAGUAAGCACAAUCAGUUGAAAUCGUGACACUUUAGAUGAAAGUAGCUUAACCCGCAAAAAGUUAUUCGAAAAAAGAAAAGCUUUUU